GGCGGAGGAAGCAAACUCAUUAGAAUCCUAUAAAAAGAAAGUAUCCGAGAUCAUAAAACAGCCGGCUGCAGGACUAAGUGCUCACUCACAGCCAGACAGAGACACAGUGGAAAACCUGUCAGCUUUUCUUUCUGACCCUUCAGAGCAUCAGCAUUUUAACAGAUCUCCACUGAUCCCCCUCCACACUGGGCUCUCUGUGCUUUUUCAGACCACUGUGUCGAUGGCAGUCAUUCUUCUGAAUAUCUGAUUUUUUCAGGAACCAACUUCUGGCACCAUCACCAAGCGUUACGCAUGGACACUGCCAGGACGCACACGUCUCACUGAAGAAACUUAUUUUUACAAGGCAGAGUUAAGGUUAUUCUUUUUAUUUUUUGUUCACAUUGCAGUGUUUUUUCCCCGAGGAUGUUCGUCUCCACUUGGAAUAGAUGUUGUGUUGUGAUGUUUCUCGUCGCCACACUGAGGACAGGGACAUCACAGGUAUCAGAGGCGCGCCCGAAGGCGAACUCCAUCAAGCCUGCUCUGCUGGAAGAGACACCGACACCGGCUACCAACCGCUCUGCUACUGUCACCAAGAAACAGAACAUCCUUGCGCAGGUGUAUCCAUGCAGCAAUGAUAAGGAGUGCAGCGUGGGCAGCUACUGCCACAGUCCUCAACAGGCUCCGUCUCGCUGCCUCACCUGCCGCAGGAGGAAGAAGCGCUGCCAUCGAGAUGCCAUGUGCUGCCCUGGAAACCGCUGCAGCAACUAUAUUUGUGUCCCAAUCUCUGAGAGCGUCCUCUCACCACACAUCUCAGCGUUAGAUGAACAUAACAAGCUCUCCACCAAAGACCACAGUUGGAGGAAGGGUGGGAAAGCACAUGCAAAGCAUUCUCUUAAAGGGCACGAGGGCGACCCUUGCCUUCGCUCGUCCGACUGCUCGGAGGGCUACUGCUGCGCCCGUCACUUCUGGACCAAAAUUUGCAAACCGGUGCUGCGGCAGGGAGAGGUGUGCACCAAGCAGAGGAAGAAAGGCUCUCACAGCUUGGAAAUCUUCCAGCGCUGCGACUGCGCCAAAGGCCUCUCCUGCAAGGUGUGGAAAGACGCCACCUCCUCGUCCAAGUCCAGGCUCCACAUGUGCCAGAAGAUCUGAAGCUGAGGCAGCUGCUGUCGGCGCAGAGGCCUCUGUCUCCAUCUGCCAGGGAAAGUUUUUUAAAGGAUGGGUUGUGGCUGUAUUGAAAGGAGUAAAAAGACAGAGACUAACAAGAGACAGAACAGACUGUGUGGGUUUAAAGCUCGCUAUUGGGCGAGCGGAGAGCAAAUGGGAAUGCUUUAAUGUGUUUGCUGUGAGUGGUCGAUCCCUGUACCCACAUAGAAACACUGAUCCACAUUCACAUACCACACACACACACACACACACACACACACACACACACACACACACACACCUCACGGCUUUGACAGAUCAAUGAGCUUGUGCUGUGUUUGUUCACAAACCCAACAAACCUUUUACACAUUAUUACAACAUUCAGGGAGCCACAGAGUUAGCCAGUAGAUGCUGUGAUAGGUGUGGACUUUUUCUAGCAGUCUUUCAUCAAGCUACAACCCAUAAUAUUACUAUUUACAGACAAGCCAUAUUUUUUUUUUACUGAAUAGUACAUUCCUUAACGAUCUCUGAAGUCAAUUAGUUUGCUGUUUUGUUUCAUUUCUGGAUCUGAAUGGUUUCCAUUUUAUGCCAUCAGUUUUUCUCACGUUGCCAUAUCUCACUCUGCGUUGCUUAUGUUAGGGUCUCGAAGAAUUCCGCUAUUGCUAUGCAAAACAUUUACAAUCAGUAACAAACGUGCAUACACAUCAUAUUAAAUGAAGAACUGAUUGCACACACUGUUUAUUCACUCAUAUGAGACGCCAAAUAGUCCUAAACCAAAGAAUGAACAAACACUUGCAUUGGAUUGAUGAGUUUCAUCUGGGGAAUUAACUCCUUGCCCUAUUUUUAGCCACAAGAAGAGAGAUAAAGCGCUGUGUUCACUGUGGAAACUGUUUGAUCCGUCACAUACAGCUGUAAUCUAUUGUGAUACAACUGUGUGGGUUAAAUCACCGACGUAGCGCACUGCUGCAGGCUUAGCGGUUCUUCCGAUACCAGAGCGAGAACCAGACUAGUUCUGCUUUUCCAAUCACAUGAACGGGACUCAAGGAUAUGAUGGAAUUGCAAUUUUUUUCCGUUUACGAAAGCCAAUACGAAUGGAGAUACAAAAGGUUACAAAAAUGCUCCAUAAGCCUGAUGCUUUCAAAGAGAACUGUAGUUUGAAUCAACGUUUUGUUGAUGGCAUGCGGCCCUGUUUAUUUCUCUGUUUUUCAAAUACUUUCUUCUCAUGAAAUAUUGCAGAGCUUUAUGUUGUACUGGAUAUGAAGCGAUGCCUUUUUCCAGUGUCAAUCCUCCACAGCAACCACUCAUUACAAAGAAAGACAAUAUAAUAUCACAUUUGCCUCCUUUUGCUUGUUUUGUUGUUGUUAUUGUUGUUGUUUUUUUUUUACAGCAUCAAGUGCAUAUAUUUUGUAACCAUUUAAAAUAUCAAUAAGCUCUUAUAUUGUAAAUAGACGAGAAGCAAUGAAAAUGUAUUUAAGAAUCAAUGUAUAUCAUGUACAUAUAAUAACAUAUGAAUCCUAAACAUUACAGCAAAAUGAUCUAGGCGAGAAGAGGAUUGAAAAUGGUAAAUGCUGUGUGUAUAGAUAAGAGGGGGGAAGACAUAGAUAGCUUUGAUAGCUGUGACUGAUAUUCCAAACUGGACGCAUCAAAAAGAUAGUUCCUAAAGGAGAAGACAUUAGUUUCCAAAAACACUUUGUGUAAAUGGUGUGUAAAUGGUGUGAAGAUUUAUAUCCCACUAAAUAUUGUUUGUGUGAAUACUUUGCAAUGAUUUGUUUUGUGUAUUUACAAUGAUGAAUGAAUAAAAGAAUGUAUUUUGUA